AUGGCUCUCUCUCGUUCUCCGGCAGUGCGUCGCCUGCGGACACGUGGCACAGCUGGCAUCGCCGACAUCUUCCUGUCACCACUGACGACAGAGGAGGCUUCGUCAUCGUCUGUGGACAUGGAGGAGCACACAGCGGACUCGCUGCAGCGUGUGUCGGACGACAUCGAGGACUACAGCCAACUGGACGUCAGACUUGCGUCGCUGCUCUGUGCCGUUCUACCACAGCAAGCAGCUCAGCCUUUUGGCUUCGAGGAGCACCUGGGUUUCGAGAAGAUAGCCGCCGCAGUGGUGGCGUAUCAGAACUUUUAUCAAGAGGACACAGCCUCACCGAAGGAUCUCUGGGAGCAAACGUCCUUCUUGCACGCUCAG